AUGGCCCAACUCGACACAUUAGACAGGUUGUCGGCGCUCGACACCAACACAGUCGCCGAUGCCUUGGAUUUGCUUGGCAUCAAAGGCGCAGUAUAUGGCCUACGGUCACUGUGGAAUUGCCCGAGCAUUGCGGGACGUGUCAGCACCGUCAAAUUCCACCUGAAGGCCGAUGCUGCUUCAACUGCCCCUCUGGAUACCACAGCAUUAUCUGAAGCAAGACAUCGCAAUGUUCUGGUCAUUUCAGGCGGGAUUGACGGCGUUUCAUGCUCGGAUUUUGUUGUCGACAGUGCGUGGAAAUCAAAGCGCAUCAGGGGUGCCGUGGUCGACGGCCUCUAUCAAGCACUUAACGACGGACAUGAAGAUCGCUGUCCAACGUACGGCCGCGGUGUGGCUACGAUCAGUAAUUGUAGCGAGAUGAUGCAGGGCGACUCCGGCCUACCGCUGAACAUUCGAGACGUCAUAGUCCACCAGGAUGACUAUGUUGCUGCAGACAGCUCUGGGACUGUGUUUGUUCCUGCCAAACGCAUUGAAGAAGUUUUGGACCUCGCAGAGCGAGUCAACCAUCGUCGUAGCCUUAUAGCGGAGGCUAUUGAAGCUGGUCGACCCGCAUCUGAUGUCAUGAAUGACCCUGAACUUCAAAUCAUCUCCAGGGAUGGCCGGUCUCAGGCAGUAGCAGUGUCCUCCAACUUGAACCCUAACAAGUCUACUCCUGAAACUCACGGGUUGGUCUCGAUGCUUACCAAUGUGGACACUGCUGCUGUCUCCGAUGCUCUUGACAAACUCGGCAUAUGCGGACAGGCACUUGGUAUAAUGCCUUUAGAGAACUAUCAAAAGGUCACCGUCGGACCAGCUUUCACCGUGCGUUAUGUGCCUGCUGGUCAGCCCGCAGGAAGCGUCGGCGACUUCAUUGAUGAUGUUGGAGAAGGCGAUAUUGUAGUCAUCGACAAUGGUGGCCGUACAGACUGUACUGUUUGGGGCGACAUCAUGACCCAGUACGCAGGUCUGCGAGGUAUCGCGGGAACCGUCAUCAACGGUGUGUGCCGUGACGUGAACCGUGCCAUUAGUGAUCACUAUCCCCUCUUCACUGCUGGGCACUGGAUGCGGACCGGCAAGGACAGAGUAGAGGUCGGGGCUGUCAACGAGCCCGUCGCUAUCGGCGGAGUUCGCGUCAACCCCGGCGAUAUUGUUGUUGCAGAUGCAAAUGGUGUUGUCUUCAUUCCACGCCAUCGCGCCCGUGAGGUGGCAGAAGUCGCCCGAUUGAUCGAGAGGAGCGAAGCCGGGAUUAGAGAGAUGAUUGUUGAUGGGGCUACACUGGCAAAAGCUCGAGAGGUGUUCAAGUAUCACAAACUGCAGCGCACUUAG